AUGGGCUCUCGUUCCGAGUCGAGUUCUCAGGUCACAGUGGCCACCUCAGGCUCGAGCCUCUUUCUACCGAAGAGAGCUCCAACCCCAGGGUCUAGGGAUGAUGGAUAUUGUGAGGCUGAAAGGUUUGGGUUUGAACCUGGUCCAGAGUUUAAGUUCAUAUGGGUUUUGUGUCCACCCAACCACGGCUCUGGAAGUGGGAUGAUGAUAUGGGGGUAG